AUGCUUCCUGAUGCGCACACCAAUGUGUUCAAGCUUGUCGAUCUGCCGGGCAUCAAAUGGACGAAGUAUAGCUUCGCGAAUACGCUCCCCUGUCUUCCAGGGGAUGAUGCGAUCCUCUCCGCCUUCGCCAAAUGCAUGCGCGAGGGAAUCCUCUGCACCUGGCGCCGGCCCAUGGAGGGCGGGCGAGAAAAGGAAACACCGUCGAGCGAACACAAGAAAGAGCUUUGGUGCUUCUGGUGGGGCGACAAGCCAGCUUUGCUAGAAUCCUUCAAAGAGAAGGGUCUGGAGAACUCGGACGAGAAAAUCUUCGAGUACUCGGGAACGAACAGCGAUGGAAUGCCUUAUGUUCAACGCACCCUUUUAUUCAAGGCUCUGCACAACUCUGUCGAGCGCAAGUUGUGCGCCGAAGGAUGGACACGAAUGGGUCGCUGGUUCUUCAGAACGCCAGAAGGAGACAAUAUCUCCAAAUCAGCGUUUUCGAUUAGCUUCUUUCUCAAUGGAUCGAACGUUUGUUGCUCGAUAGAGCCUGGCCAGGCACCGGCUGUGAAGCGAUUACGUCCCUCGAACUCGUCUCUGCAGUCUGAGAUCCAUCCGAUAGAAGUAAUCUGCGCGCCCUGGGGUCUGCGCGGCUUUUUCUCUGGGAAGUUUCUUCGCAAGCACCAUCACGAUGUGAGUUUGGCGAAUGACUCCUGGAGCUCUUGGCUCGAGUUUUAUCCUUAUGCAUUCCCUGCUACAACACGCGAUGACGAUGAAGAAGAGCCAUUCGCCGUCGAACUGGCACUAGGCAGUACCGUCUCUGCCUUUCGAGUUGUCUACCCAGCACGGCUGGUCUUUGUCCCACAGGAUCCAGAGGAGCUUAAUCUUCCAAAAUUGAAGCCCGAGAAGGCAAAGAUUGAGAAUGUCGUGCGUGAGGUUGCAAAGAGUGCGGCGAUCGACCUCUUCCCCCGUCCAAUGGCAAAUGGUAACAUUCCGACGUCCGUCAACCAGUCAAACAUGGUAGAGGUCGUCCCUUCCUUCGUUGAUCGGCGCUGCCGACGCUCUGAAAAGUCCUCCGUCAAGAGAACCACUCGCUGGCCAAAGCAUAAGUCUCCAUUCCACAAGCGCAAUAACGAAGGCCAGCGUCGCUCCGAAUUCAUCAUGGAUGAGGUCGUUAACGCCGACUCACUUACUGCACCCGAAUCAAAUCCUCCAACCAAUUCAACGACGCAAUCCUCAAACUCGCCCGCGACGCCGACAGAAGUCGAUGACGUGAAGGAUGUUAUGGGUGAUUCUCCCUCUCCAAUUUAUUAUCGACCAACGGUGCCCUGUUGGAACGGGCUCAAGCUUCCCGUCGAACCGAAUGGCUUGACCCUCAAGAGCGACCGUUGUCGCCCAAAGCUUGAGGUCGACGACAUCGCCGAUGACGACACUCUUUACUUCUCCACUAAUCGUUCAAAUAAUGAGAUAUUUCCAGAGUUCAAGCCGCGUAAAAGAUUGAAGAAAGCUCGAAUUAGCGAGUCCAAUGACAUUUUGCCGGCAAAAAAGGCGCCCAAGGAAACCCUUUACGAGCCAUCACCAACCAAAACCGAACCUAAUCCCUUCGAUUCGAAUGGAAGUAUGAUGGAUCACCAUAAUCCCAUUUCGCUUACUAACGCUAUAAAUAAUGGAUAUUCCGAAAAACGACUUAGUGUCAAAGAAAACGACCCAGACGAGAAUACGUACGAGCUAAAUAUCCUCACGCCGAGUCCUGACGAUCGUCCAGGAUUAAGCAAAUCUAGAUAUUAUACUUCGAAAUUGAGCCAUCCGAGUCCAAGUCAUGUAACGCAACGCAUAAAAAAGGAUCCCUCUGAAGUCUCGACCUUUCUUCUUGAUUCGUCGACAAUGUUAACGCCUGAUCCUGACCCAGAGCCUGGCACGAAGACAGACGAAGAAGGAGUCUUCGCAGCCAUAAGACUAGACGAUGAAUCAAUCACACACUCUCACUCUAAUGCUCCUAACUACAAGCCUAGUUGGAAAGACGGAUCAAUCAGUCACAAGUUUAAGCAAAGAAUGAAAGAAAAAGAGCUGAACGCGCAAGGACAAGAAGCCUACAGGCGACAGAUUCAAGUGCACAUUCAGCAGCCGACAAGUGUGCGUCCCCCGAAUACUCCUGGAGCUCCACGAACGCCUGGUAUCUCUGGUGGCCCUGGCACUCCGGGUCACGCGCCACAGACUCCGGGGCAACCGACGACCCCUGGCUAUCAGAACCCACAUUCGGUUGGUGGUCCGCCGUCCGUGGGAACCUAUCCGCACACGCCAGGAUCUACGCGACUUUCCAUGAACCAUCGAUCUCCUGGCGUCGUUCCUCCAAGUCCCGCGAGCCAUGCAAGUCAUUCACGCGAUUUCAAUGCCCCUCGAACUCCGAAAACUCCCCGCACACCUCGAAGCUGUCUUACACCGGGCAAAUCGGGCCCUGGCUCUGUUGGCAUUCGCGGUGUAGCAAGUCUACCAGAAGCCAGCGCACUGUUGCUGAAUCUUAUUUUGAGCGACUCUGUGUUAGACGCUCACCGUGAUAGAAACUUUAUACAAGCGCCUUUAUGCAGUUGCAAGUCAAAUUAUUUGGGAUCUGAUGGACACCUGAUAGGAAUGAAAAUAAAAGGCGCCACGAAUAUGGAUGAAGACGACAUUUGUAGCUGUGGAUUCUCAGCAAUAGCGAUGCGAUCAUCUGCGAUCGGCACCUGGGGUGGGCUUUUCUUAGAGGACGAGAUCAAAAUGGCUGGCGAAAAGAUAGAAGACGAUGUUGUUCUCGCAAACCAACGCUGUUUCCUCGACGACAGUUUAAGAACAACACCUGAGAUACUUGGAAAGGGCGGCAAUGUUGGUGUUAACAAGCCCAAGCUCAAUGUCGUUGCAAAAAUGCUUCGAGUUAUCAUAGAAACAACCAAAAGCAGAAACAUGACAACAGCCGAUGCCAACGAAUUUCCUCAUCCUUAUAUUCUCAAUUAUGCGUUAUUCUGGGACGCGUGCAAUGCAACGGGCGACGCUCUGAAGAAUGCUCGGUCGGCUGUGCAGCAGGCAGCGUCUGACCGUGACAACUCUCUUCAUUUCGGACACGAUGUGUCGCAAGACGUCGUCACAAGAUACUCACUGCCUUAUCAAGACGCACUGCAGCAAGCUCCGACAUCCGAAGUUGUUCGCCUUCUAGGAUAUCUCCGGCCGAUUUUACAAGAAGCAAUCCAAAAGCCUGGCGUAGAAGGACCGCUAAACUGGUCUGGCUUAGUUCGCGCCGGGCGAAGGACCGCUAGUGACGAGACAGAGGCACUUCCAGUCCCGCAGCUCCAGUCGAUGUCGUCAUCUGUGCACAAUGAGCUUUUCCACGCUGCGCCGAACUCUAUCCAAUUCAGCCGAGAACUCUCGCUCGCGCCCGUGGGAAUGAAGAAAAACGUCUAUUAUCUCGUCAUUUUGCCAAAUUCAGACGUCAUCCUGAGCAAAGCGAAAAGAUGGUUCCAAGAGCUAUCUUCGGCUUACACGCGGAACAACUUCGGCACUCACAAGCCGCUUCCACUGCCGAUAUCUCAUUCACGCAAAACGCGCAAAGUGUCCGACAAUUUUAUCCGCCUUGUGCAGGACACCACUUCUUUUUCUGACCGGUACCGAAAGACAUUCACGAAUCAGGUGUCGCCGAUCCUUCAAAGUCUCCAUUUUAAAAAGCAGUAUGGCCUUGACUGGUCGAAGCACGCUGCGCAGCUGGACCAGGACCGCCAUGGACCGGGCUAUGAUCAGAGUAGACAAAGGGCUGAGCUGAUGAAUCCAGAUCACCCGAAGAACAAAACUCUUAUCGACGGAGAUAUCAGUCAACUUAUCGUGUAUGUAUUCGAGCCUUCGCAAGCGAAAGACGCCGAGCACCCCAAGGAUCUCCUAGAGGUACGCGAUCGUGAAAACAUGAUGCGCGCGUUGCCUGAGCAAUGGAAGUCUCGUACCCAGUUCAAAUUCAUUCCAGCGAGCUUCUUAGCGACGGCCGACACCCAGUUCUUGGAAAAAAUCUCGCUUGAGACGUUUAAUCAGUGUUUAACUCCGCUUGAUAAAGCACUCAAACCGGAAAAGUCUUUCACUGGUUUCGGUCCUACGAAAGACAGAAUCGAGAAGAAGGCUGUGAUCUACACGGAGAGCAAUGAAAAUCCAUCAAUAACAUUACGAGAACCUGAGCCCGACUUCUCGGCUGAAACUGAGAGCUACCAGCAAAUAUUUGACAAGCAGGCGCCAGAAAAAUACUGUCUGAUUCAACAAGCGCUGAGCAAAGUCUGGGAAUUCACGAAAGAGUUCGCAGACAGGACGUUCAGCGAGGGCCAGCUACGAGUCGUCGUCUCUCGUAUAGGCCGACUUGGUUUCGGCGAAACCAAUGAAUGGGCAAAGCUGAUGCAAGUAUCUGCCAGAUGGUCCAAUUGGACACAACGAGCGAACAAGUCGAGUUUGAGCUCUCACAAGCUCUCUCUUGUUUCUGCGUACCUUACGUCGAUCGAGCCGGAUGCAACAAUCAGAAUCGUUCAAGACCCAAAGAAAACUUACAAAGCGAUCAGCCAGUCAAAACUAGCCACCUUGAAACCCGAAGAAGUUCAAUCAGCACAUAUAGCCGUUUUCGCAACAACACCUAGUGCCAGAGAAAGUACUGGCGAUGAGAAAAACAAUGCAAAUCAAAACGAUGAUUUCGGACUCGACCUUGGAUGGACAGAUGCAAUGAAUGACGAUGAAAAUGAAGACCUGAAAGGACUGGCUGACGAAAUCGUCGGUGAAAAUAUGGGUGGAGCAGCUGGAAGCGAAGAUGGAGAAAACUGCAUCGAGCUGAUGCACCAGCCACUUUCCGUCGCGCUCUGGAUCAGUCAAGCUCUUAUGCCAAUCGGCAUGCCUCAAUGGUUCGGGCCUCUAAACAAGAACGAGCCUACUACCCUCAGAGUCGCUCUUCACAUCCAAGCGAAAUCGUCGGACAUACAAGAAAGUCUGCAUGCAUUAGACAAGUCCUGCACGCAAAUCUGUCUGCGCUACAUUGUCGAGAACCUGGAGCGCCUCUCAUGGCUUUCGAUGAAACCGGCGGGGCGUGUGAUGAGUCGGAGCGCGCUGCCGCACCAUAUUUCCGCGCUCGCCGAGCUGCACCGCUCGCUCAUCUUGCUCACCUCGCGUGUUGGACAGCUAAACUCCCAACUGCCUAGUUCACAACAGCUGUAA